GCCGGGUUUCCCAAGAUGGCGGCAGACGUGUCCGUUACUCACCGGCCCCCGCUGAGCCCGGAGCCCGAGGCUGAGGCCGAAGCGGGCGGUGUCGGGGAGCGUAGGUCGCUGGAGGAGAAGCUGCCGCCACUAGACCAAGAGGUGCGGAGCCGCCUGGAGCGGACUGAGCGCCAGUUCCGUAACCGCCGAAAGAUCCUCAUCCGGGGCCUCCCGGGGGACGUGACCAACCAGGAAGUUCAUGACCUGCUCAGUGACUAUGAACUCAAAUACUGUUUUGUGGACAAGUACAAGGGGACCGCCUUUGUGACUCUGCUGAAUGGGGAACAAGCAGAGUCAGCGAUCCGCACAUUUCACCAGAGCCACCUGAGAGAUAAAGAGCUGUCAGUGCAGCUGCAGCCCACAGAUGCCCUUCUCUGUAUCGCCAACUUGCCCCCAAGCUACACACAGCAGCAGUUUGAGGAGCUGGUAAGGCCUUUUGGCAACCUGGAGCGUUGCUUCCUGGUGUACAGUGAGCGCAGUGGUCACUCGAAGGGCUAUGGCUUUGUGGAGUACAUGAAGAAGGAUUCGGCAGCUCGAGCCAAGUCAGACCUGCUGGGCAAGCCGCUAGGCCCCCGGACACUGUAUGUGCAUUGGACAGAUGCCAGCCAGCUGACUCCAGCACUAUUGCAUUCACGCUGCCUCUGUGUUGACCAUCUUCCUCAAGGCUACAAUGAUGUGGAUGAACUGCGACAGGCUCUCUCUUCUGUACAUCCUCCCACCUUUUGCCAGCUCGCAUAUGGGCAGGAUGGACAGCUGAAGGGCUUCGCAGUACUGGAGUAUGAGACAUCCCAGAUGGCUGAAGAAGCCCAGCAGGCAGCAGAUGGCAUGGCCCUGGCUGGGGGCCCUAUCCGAGUGUCUUUCUGUGCCCCGGGCCCCCCUGGCCGUAGCAUGCUAGCUGCCCUCAUUGCUGCCCAGGCCACGGCUCUGAACAGGGGGAAGGGGCUGCUGCCUGAGCCAAACAUUCUUCAGAUCCUCAGUAGCUUAGGACCCCCUGCCUCUCUACAACUUCUCCUGAAUCCCUUGCUGCAUGGGCCUGGGAGUGGAAACAAGCAGGGCCUCCUGGGAGCACCUCCAACCAUGCCCCUGUUGAACAACCCAGCCUUGUCCACGGCAUUGCUCCAGCUUGCCCUCCAAACUCAGAGCCAAGUCCAACAGAAACCAGGAAUCCUUGGAGACUCUCCCCUGGGUUUCCAGUCUGGAUCCCAGCCUGGCAAUACUCUUCUUGGAGAGUUACCUGCAGGAGGAGUCCUGCCCUCAGACAUGCCCCCAGUUCGAGGGAAGCCACCAUUCUCCUUGCCACCACUGCUUGGCGCAGCAGGGGGAGAUCGUGAAGCUCUGACUCUGGGGGCUUCAGCCGCUCAGCUCACUCCACCUCCUGCCUCCCUUCGGGGCUCUGUCCUCAGUGGAUUACAGAAACUGAGUGAGAAUGGACCACCACCAGCUUCUGGGGUAAAGGCUCUUGGAGAGCCACCCAAGGACUUCAGGAUCCCCCUGAACCCUUCUAACCUGCAUAGUCUCUUGCCAGCAGGGAGCAGCAGCAAAGCCUUUAACUUGAAAUCCAGUAUGCUGGGCAGUGCUUCUAGCAGCCGCCUGUCCUCUGAAUCUGGCCUAUCCUCGGAGGGCUAUGGCUUUGACUACCCCCCAGGACUUAGGCCCCGGCGUAUGUUUUCCCAUCACCGAGAAUCUGUGGGGCCCAUGCUAGGACCACUUGGGCAUAGCAGACAUAAGAUGUCUCCCCCACCCAGUGGGUUUGGAGAGCGGGGAGUGGAAGUGGAGGACUCCCCCACUUUUACCUCGGGCUCCCCUACUUCCUACUUCACCAGUGGUCUACAGGCUGGCCUCAAGCAGAGUCACCUCAACAAGGUAAGAUCUCCUAGUAAGUUGUUGGGCUCGUCCCCCAUGGCUUCUGGAGAGGGUCUCUUGGGUCUGGGUCCUGGCCCUGACAGCCAUGGCAGCCUGAUGAAGACGCCCGUGGGUGGCCAGAAACGGGGCUUCCUCCCACUUGCUUCCCUCCCCAGAGCCUAGCCCGAAGGAGGCUAUGUGGGCCAGCAUUCCCAAGGCCUGGGGGGCCAUUAUGCAGAUUCCUACCUAAAACGCAAGAGGAUAUUCUAAUGACCCCCUGACCAGAACCUCCACCCUACCCUAGGCUGGCUGACUGCUUUUAAAACCCACUCUUGGAUUUCCAGUUUUUUAAAAAAAACAACAAAAGUGUAUGUAAAGAACUUGCCUUUUUGAACAGGGCCAGCCCCCUUAGACCCAGGCCCCUUUCUCCUCAGUAGAAAUGGCUGUGCCGGGGAUGGGGGUUGUUCCCUCCAAUACCAGCACCUUUUGACAUCCUCCCUGGGGCCCUGCAGCUCUUGAGGCUCAGUGUUUCCGUCAUAGUGGUGGAGGAGGAGAAGGAAAAGAGGGGUGUCCUCCAAGUAACAAGUAGGGACCAGACUGGGCAGGGGUCAGGAUGUCUUUUCCCUGUACCCUGGGACCCGUGUCACUCUCCUAGGGCAGUAUCCUUGCCCUUUGGACUUCUGGGGGGCCACCAGAGAUCCUGUCCCAAAAACAUUGUAGCCUUAAGAGGCCCCUGGGGUUUGUGACCUCAUUCUUGCUUUCUCCUCAGUACCUUUUUCUCUGUGACCCCUUUCUUCAUUGUCUUUUUCUCUGUCUGUGUGUGUCUUGUCUUGCUCCUUUCUUUCUCCUUGGUGUCUCUUGAGAGGCGUCUUGGGCUCCCUGGGUGGCUCCAUCAGGCUGGGCCUAUGCUGGAUCCUGGGGUUUGAGUGCCUUGGACAUCGCGCAGCUUCCUCAUGAGGGAAAUGCUGCAUCUGUAGGUUGCCUUUACAUUUUUUUUAACAAUUGUUUUUAUUUUCUGGUGUGUGUGUUGUUUUUUAAUAAUAAGCCAGGAAGAACCCAGCUCCCUGAUUCCUGUAUAUCCCAGGGAGCCUGGGAAGCUCCCUUUACAUAUUUUCUUUAUGGCUUUAAAUUUCUUAGCCAUGUGUUAGAGGUGAUUUGGGGCCUUUCUCUCCCCCCCCAUCCCCCCACCCCCUUUUUUGGGAAUGCUGCAGGUGUGGCUGCCUCCCACCCCCUGCUGCUGCUUCUGGUCUUCAUAUAGAAAUGGCCCUUCCUGUGCCCCCAGAUGCCUUAAGGCCCUGAGCCUCAGUCCCUGCCCAGUCCAGAGAACUCAGCAUCUGUGGUUCGUUCUGAAGCUGCUGGGGCUACAGUUCUCUCCUUAAAACUCAGGACCAAACAAGCUGAGAGAGGAAGGGGGGGGACAGAUUGGGAGGUGAGCCUUUAAGCCAGCCCCUCCUCUCGAUGAGCUCAGCUGGAGAGUGGCUUUCUGCUGGAUUGCAAACCCAGCAGUUGCAGAGGUCUCCUUUUUGAAGUAAAGCUUUAUCUUUCAUUUCACUCAUACUUUGCCCCCAGUUGGUUUUUAUGGUGAAAUUCUUUCUGCCCAACUAUGUCAACUGGAGACCUUCCAGCUGCCCCCAGACUUAAGGCCAAAGUCUCCAUGUAGAAUGAGGGAGAGGAAAGGGCCCUCCUGGGCCUCUUCUUUUAGGGUAGGCUGCCCCUCUCCCUAUUCAAGUGAGCCAAGCCCCUCUAGUGCCUCCACGUGCCCCUAGGCACACUCCCUCAUCUGCCUAAUCCUCCCUCUCCCCUAAAACCUCCUGCCAUGCUUUUCCUCAUUGCACUCCCAUCUUCCCAGUAUUUCCUCUCAAUCUGUACUUUGUCUGUGUUAUCGGAGCUAGACCUGGCUGGACUACCUGUUCCAGGGCUCCAGGCUCAGACCUGCUGUCUUUGGACCAGCCCUCGAUUUUAGGGGCAAGGUUUUCAGUGCCUCCACUGUCUGUCCUGCAGGAACCCUGGGUGGGGGGGUAGUAGCUCUGUCUUCGUAAAUAUGACUGUCCCUUGAAAUCCACAUUUGCUGAAUUAAAGUUUUUAAGUAAAAUGAUUUUAACGAAA